ACACCUAGAUUUUCUUUGGUUUGUUUGUUUUGUUUUGUUAGAAUCUUGCCUUAUAGCCCAGGCUGGUCUCUAUUUCCGGAUUCUCCUGUAUCAGUAAACGGUACUACAAGCAUAUCCAUGCUGUAUUAUUUUUUUAAGAUUUAUAUUUUUGUGUACGUGUAUGUGCCACAUGUGUAUGAGUGUCCCUGGCGUCCAGAAGAGGGCAACGGAUCUCCUAGAGAUGGAAUUACAGGUGGUUGGUUAUAAGCUGGGUGUAAAAACCCCAUUCACCUGGAAGAGCAGAAAGGCUACUAACCGGUGAGCCAUCUUUCCAGACCCACAUGCUGCUUUCUUAAGAGCCUCAGGGUAUACAAAAACAAGGAGAUAUCUCAGCGGGUAAGGAUGCCUGCUGCUAAGCCUGGCAAUCUGGGUUCGAGCCCCAGGGCCUAUAGAGUGGAAGACGAGAACCAACUUCCUUAUCAGUUCUGACCACAGGCAAGCAGUGUGACAGUCCCCCCCCCCAAAAAAAAGUAAUGUGCCCUUUAAUUUGUACCUUAGACUUACAUAGUAACUUGCAAACUUGUCUCCAUUCGCAAAGUAAGAAACUGUGGCUGUGGGAAGUUGAGUGAAUUCUCAAGUCACAGCUCGGGUCGCUGAACUCAGCAGGUAGCAGGUGUUGCCGCUGGAGUCGCCGGCCACUAAGGGACGUGGCUGAGAAAAGCACUCCGGCGGUUGUCAGGGAGGGGGUCUCUGCCCCUCCCAGAGGGAGGUGGUCCAGUGACGUCAUUGCGACUUUAAGACCCCUUGCCUCCGCCCUCGUCCCUACUUUCGACUUGGGAAUCUUUGCAGUCUGUUUUGCAGGCUUGAUAACCAACCAGCCCCGGGUGGCCGAGCCGGACAGGACGCCCUCGGACAAAGCUGAGUGAGCACUUGCCCCCUCAACCUCACCAUGGCCUCCGCCGGUCUGCAAAUCUUGGGGAUCGUCCUGACCCUGCUUGGCUGGGUCAAUGCCCUGGUGUCCUGUGCCCUGCCCAUGUGGAAGGUGACAGCCUUCAUCGGCAACAGCAUCGUCGUGGCCCAAAUGGUGUGGGAGGGGCUGUGGAUGUCCUGUGUGGUCCAGAGCACCGGCCAGAUGCAGUGCAAGGUGUACGACUCACUGCUGGCGCUGCCCCAGGACCUACAAGCCGCAAGGGCCCUCUGUGUCAUUACCCUCCUCAUUGUCCUGCUUGGCCUGCUGGUCUACCUCGCUGGAGCCAAGUGCACUACCUGUGUGGAAGACAAGAAUUCCAAGUCUCGGCUGGUGCUCAUCUCUGGGAUCGUCUUUGUCGUCUCCGGCGUCCUGACCCUCAUUCCUGUCAGCUGGACGGCCCACUCUAUCAUUCAAGACUUUUAUAAUCCCUUGGUAGCUGAUGCUCAAAAGCGGGAGCUAGGGGCCUCCCUCUAUCUGGGCUGGGCAGCCUCGGGCCUUCUGCUGCUGGGUGGGGGGCUGCUGUGCUGCGCCUGCUCCCCUGGAGGGCCCCGGGGACCUGGCCAUUACAUGGUCCGCUAUUCUACAUCUGCCCCACAUUCGGUCUCUCGCGGACCCUCUGAAUACCCCACCAAGAAUUACGUCUAAUGCUCGCUGGGGAGUGAGGCGCUGCUGGCCAGGCCAUAGGGCCUCGAGCUGAGCCAUCAAGAAAUGGUGCCUGGUAGUCUUGGGGUUGUUGAGUUUGUUUCUGUUUUGCAGUACUGGAUAUUGAACCAGGGCCCCACACUUUGUAAGCCAGCACUCUACCAAUGAGCUGUAUGGUACCAGCCCCUCGGGUUGGUUUCGAGACAGGCUGUCCUUCCGGAGCUGACUGACCUCCAACUCUAGUUUAAUUGCCUCAACCUGAGCCCAGGCUCUGCAGCUCGCAUUUCUCAUUUUUAGAUUAUGCAUCGGGAGGGGUGAUACUUCUAGUUUGUGUCUUUAUUCACUCUGGGCACCUUCUGCAGAACCUGUUCUGAGACUGCUUUUGGACCUGGCCUUUGUGAUCCCCAAGAUGGCCUGUCCCAAGAGUUCCCAGUCCUGGAAGGUCAGGUGAUAAGUUACCAAAGAAUUUUCUACUCCAAGUCUUCCAACCUUUUGCCCCUACAUCCCAUGACCAAAGUUACCGUGUGCUCUCCCCCAAAUCAGGUCCCAGCUGUGCUGUAGACCCUUCACCCCCUUUUCUCUUACCUUGCACAUUUCCCUACCCACACAAUGAUUUACCAAAUAAAACAUGAUUUUUAUAGUG